AUGAGCAUCUUCUCAGCAUAUAUAAUGCCCUGCAUCCUAUCAACAUCUGUCUGUUUCCUCAUCAUCUACAAAUCUCGUAUCUUCCAAGUCAGAACAGCUCAAGAAUACAACUUAUCAUCCACUACCACAACACCAACACCAAACAUCAAACCAAGCAAAAGCUUCUCUACCACAAACAUUAAGAUGUACGCCAGAGCCUUCGUCCUCUCUCUCUUCAUCUCUCUGGGCAUUGCCAUUCCCAUCUCCCCCGUCGCCCGCCCCUACAUCCCAAGCAGUCUUGGGACUCUCGGCCCCAUCGCCAGGGUCGUCACCGAAGCCGAAAAUGAAGUUCUCACGGCACCCAUCCCCAAAAAGUGGAUGCACACACACGGUUUCUCAGAGUCUGAGGAGCCCGAGGCAAAGAAGCGAUCCACGGUUAGAGAUUGCCCAGAGGGAAUUGCGUGUGCCGGUCUCAUCAAGGAUGUGAUUCACACGAUGGAUAAGGUUCUGGAGAAGGCCAAGGAGGAAAUUGGCGAAGGACUUGAUGAGGCCAAGAAGCAGAUUGACGAGAAACUUGGCGAUACGUGGAUGCCCAAGUGUUAG